AUUGAGAAAUCAAUCGAGACCGUUUGUGAAAAUCUUAGAUCAGAUACGUUUUUUUUUUUAAAGACAAUCUCCCCUGCGAGUUGUUUGGUAGGGCCGAAAGGAUUCAGAAGACGCUUAUCUUUUUUUGCAUGAUGAGAGCCUAAUGCAUUGCAUGGAGGUAGUUAGGCACACGGAUCGAGGGAGUUAAAAGAAGCGUGGUUUUAAAAUGGACCGUAAGUCGUACUGAAAAUUUGCAGUAACAAUCUUGUUACCCGUGCUGGUUUGAAGGGAGAGCUUUUCGAAGGUGAACUGAACGCGUAUGCCAUAAAUGCAACCCCGUGAGCUACAAACUGCGCCUUUUUUAUUUUUUGUUUUAUUUAUAUUUUUGGAAAGGAGCCGUCGCUGUGUUAGAAAAAUGUAAGGCAAUGGUUUGAUCGUGUGCAUUCGAAGAGCAAAUCUGGAUCCGGAAUGGUGUCUCAAUGCCCCAAUGGGUUCAGCAGUGCACCAAGCUUAUGCGUGCAAUGAGUCUGUCCGAAAUGGGAGGUCAUUUGCCGUAUUCAGUAAAACGGAAGUUAUGGGCAAGGAGUACAGAUAAUCUUGACAGCACGGGGGACCCCCUGUCUCACUCCGUGGGGACAGUCGCCACCAUUAAAGGGAAAAUGAGCAAAAGACUGUCCAUUGUGAAGGGACACUUCCCCAAACUGAUAGACUGUGCUCACUUCCACUAUGAGAAUGUGGAUUUCGGGCCUAUCCAGUUGCAGUUUGCGAACGAUCCAAGCAACGAUAGUUGGACGUUGUCUCCUGCCAAGGACGCUGUCUUUCUGGUGCAGGUCUCCUGCCAGGGAAAGACCUGGCUGGUCAGGAGAACCUACGAGGAGUUCAGAACAUUGGACAGCCACCUCCACAUGUGUAUCUACGAUCGCAGAUACUCCCAGCUUGAGCAACUGCCUCCCAUUGAAGACAUUGACGAAAGAGUGGAUGUUCCCCGGCUCUCUGAGUAUCUUGGACGUCUCUCCAUGAUUGUGGACAAUAAACUAAAUUGUGGACCCGUGCUUUCAUGGAUGGAGAUUGACAACAGAGGGAACCACUUCCUGCUGAAAGAAGAGGCUUCCCUCAACGUCCCUGCUAUUGGCGCUGCGCACGUCACCAAGAGAUACACAGCUCAAGCGAGCGAUGAGAUCUCCAUUGAGGUUGGAGAUAUCUUAUCUGUGAUUGACAUGCCACCGAAGGAGGAAACCAGCUGGUGGCGAGGGAAACAUGGCUUCCAGGUUGGGUUCUUUCCAAGUGAGUGUGUGGAGCUGAUCAAUGAGAGACUGUCCCAAUCUGUCUCUGCUCCAGUCCCUAAACAAGAUUCUGACAACUGCGGCUCAAAGGCAGGAAUUGUUAGUGUCCCUGGACCGAACUCCCCUUCUUCAGUUUCUAAGAAGCAUGGGAAGCUGUUGGGGUUCCUUAGAACAUUCAUGAAGUCACGGCCUAGUAAACAAAAGCUGAAGCAGAGAGGGAUUCUGAAGGAGAGGGUGUUUGGCUGUGACCUGGGAGAGCACUUGUUAAACUCUGGCUACGAAGUCCCACAGGUUCUGAGUUGCUGUUCAGAGUUUAUUGAGAAACACGGGGUCGUGGACGGGAUUUAUAGACACUCUGGAGUCUCCUCAAAUAUUCAGAAGUUACGCCACGAGUUUGACAGUGAAAUCAUCCCUGAUCUGACUGGUGAACUCUACAUGCAGGAUAUCCACUGUGUGGGAUCCCUGUGCAAGCUCUACUUCCGGGAGCUCCCUAACCCCUUGCUCACCUACCAGCUGUACGACAAAUUCGCAGACUGCAUGACUGUUAUGAGUGAAGAGGAGAGAUUGGUUAAAGUCCAUGAUGUUAUUCAGCAGCUACCACCACCACACUAUCGGACUCUUGAGUUCCUGAUGAGGCACUUGUCCCAACUGGCAACACGUAGCAAAGAAACCAACAUGCACAUUAAGAACCUUGCCAUCGUCUGGGCACCGAACCUGCUGCGUUGCAAGGAGAUUGAGUGCGUGGGGCUGAGUGGGACAGAUGCAUUCAAAGAGGUGCGCAUUCAGUCUGUGGUGGUUGAGUUUCUUCUGAAUCACGUGGAUAUUCUCUUCAGCGAUUCCUUUACAUCGGUGGGAAAAUCCUGUGCAGGACUGUGUUCGUUGACUAGGCCCAAAUCCUUUGUGGUCUCCUCUCUGUCCACUCGACUGCUGUCUCUGGAAGAGGCUCAAGCCAGGACCCAGGCCCACCUGCUCUGCUCUGCACAGGCCGGCCUUCUCGCGCUGCAGGCAGAUCCCAUGACUUUCCAAGGGAAAUACCACAGCGUUAUUGACAUACCUGCAGAAAGGAGGAAGAGUGGUAUGAAGGUGAGAAAAUCGGCAGGCGGGAGCUGGAGAGCCUUCUUUGCCAUCGGUAAACCGCCAGGAUCCCAGCGGAGGAAGUCUGCGCGAGUUGGAUCACUGUUCCAGGCUUCACAGGCUGAAAGGGGAACGCGGAUAGAAACCGUGACACUCCGGUCUGCAAAGAGUGAAGAGUCUCUUUGUUCUCAACACAGUGGGGCUGGCCUCUCCAAGCAUCAGCGUCUACGUCGACCUCGGUCCAGCAGUGAUGCCCUCUCCGUUACUAUGGAAACAGAACUUCUGUCCACCCUGAAGCACUGCCGCUCCUACGACAGUGUUCAGGCCGAGGACCCCGAGGGCGUUUACAUGCUGCCUGACUUUUCCCACGAGGCCUCGCUGUGGCUAGCAGAGGACGAGAUGGACUUCAGCCCUACUUAUUUAGAGGAGGCUGGCCUGGAAUUGGAACCCCUGACCUUCCGUUGCGGCCCACAGCGUCUUGUCACUGAAGACCCUGACUCCUUGAUGAACCAGUCAGAAGUUGCUGUGAAGAAAAGCUUUGUUAAUCAGCCUCCUCGGCGAGUUCAGUCCUGCUGCCAGCAGCUCAAGACUUCAGCCGUAACGAACCCCUUGACCCAGACUUCAGAGAUCUCCAGCCCUGCUCCUGAGAAGCUAAGCAAAUCAACCUCUUUUACCAGAAAGAUGGUUCACGCCCUUUCCCCUAAAGGCAACAAGUCCCCACCGAUGGAUAUCUCCGAGCCAAUCUCCAUCACAGUGCCUGCUAAAGUCCUAGAGAUGAUUGGUGGAAGGGCUGGAGAGUUCCAAAGGGCAAGUGGAGCUCAGAACUUGGCUACAGCUGCUGACCAACCCCCUCAGAUGAUCUCUAUGCUGUUGAGGUCAUGUGAUAUUCAGCUCACCGAGAACUGCCAACAGGAAAUCAGGAGUAAGCUGUCCUUCACAGAGUCAAAGGUCAAGGGCCACUCGGUCCCCAGUUUCCAGUUAUCGGAACACUCUAGUGUGAUGGACCAUUCACAGCUUCAAGCAGGCUUUUUGAUGGCAGCCGCCCCACUGUCUUCCCAGGUGCCUCCGCCACCUCCUCCAAAAAACCCUGCCCGGCUGAUGGCCCUGGCCCUGGCAGAGAGCGCCAACAAGGCUCUGAAGCAGAGCCAGCGAGAGCCCCGCCCACAAGGAGGAGAUGGGGGAGGGGCUUCCGUAGAGGCGCGAUUCAUGAGGUCUCCGUCGGUGGACUCCAACGAAUGCCUGUCUUCGGGGGCCAACCCUUUGUACUCCACCGUGCGGUCUUUGUCUGUGUGGAAGCCUGAGCGAGGGCCCCAGCUACAGAGUGAGAAAGGAGACUCCGACGGACAGAAUCAUAUCAGGAGCCAGCUGCAGGAAUCUGGUACCUUUUCAUCCCAGACCUCUCUUUCCGAGUCUGGAGCAUCCACACAUAGUUCCUCAGCCGAAACUGAUUCACCCUACAAACCUCCUCAGCCCAAGCUCCAUUCAGUUACGGCUUGCCAGCCACAAGACAACCCCCCGAGCCUUUCUAAUCAAGCUGCUGCUGCUUCUUCUGUACCAGAGUUGAACGCUGAAAAUCAGCUUCCCGGCAAGAAGGCACCAGCCUAUUCUAGACAGUUUUCUGCCCCCCAUCUUCAACAUAAGCACCCUGCCCCUCCCGCCAAGCACACGAACCACCACCACCACCCACAAUUCCAUCACUCGAAAUGCAAGAGCUCUCCUAUCAUUCACAGCUCCUCUCAUCCAAGAGCCUUCCAGCCAGCCAGGCCAAAAGUGCCCCCGAAGCCUCCAGAACUGAACGCUGGGGUGCCGCUGCAUCGUAAUGAGAGCUAUUCCAGGCGAUCUCAAGACCAGGCAAGGCCCAGAAUGCUUCUUGCGUCUCAGUCCACGCCUCCGUUUUCCAGGAAUGAUUCGGAAGGAGUUUCCUACAUGGAUCCGAAAACCCGGUGUCAUUUGGAUCAAUCCAGGGGAUUUGCUACUUCCUCUGUUCAGGUCUACCACAACAGAUCUAGCAGUAACCCUCAGAUAUUCACUGGGAGAUCAGAGGACCAAGUCAAGCACGAAAACUUUUACUAUGAGAUUGCGCCAGAGCCCUCCUUUGUACAGAUCCCUCAAUACAAUUAUCAGAAUGUUGGAAACCAGGUGCAGUUUGAAGGAGUUCCUUACCGCCUUCCCAGGCCUGGGUUUGAACAUGCCUUUGCGGACAGGCAUUUAAGGAGCCAUGACAUUUCAGUUAGACCUCAUCUUUGGACUGGAAUCUCACAGAACAUGAACCUUACUGUGGAGCGAUCCUUAGCAGUGCAGGGCAAUGCUGCUGGUUAUACACAAGUAGCAGGUAUUCCCUAUUCCGCAGUGCCCCAGGAAAGCCCUGCACACCAGCCCUCUGCACCCUUUAGAAUGGUUCCUGUCUCUCGGACUGAGGUGGCUCCUAAUCAGGGGACCUCUACCCACCAUAGAAACGUCUACAGGGCCCAGCGGUCCCCUUCUGCAGAUCUCUCAGCCUCACAGCUACACCCCUACUUUGAAAAUGGGAAAGUCUGUUACAGGUACCUUGAAGAAGGGGCUGCCCAUGAAGGUGAGACCAGGGUCGUUCAGGACCACCGACCUCAGGCUUCUGUGUCUGCCCCAAAGUCUCCCAAACCUCAAGAGCAACCAGAGCCAAUAUAUGUCAAUUUUCCUUUCAACCCAGGCAAAGCCUGGACAUCAACCAACUUAGAUGGAGACCAACAUUCAGAGCCACCCCCAACUGGGAGCUCCAGUGAUAAAUCUGGUACAGAGCCUCCUUCAGUCUUCGAAGAGAAUGUCUCAAGUCAGGAAUCUUCAUCUGACCCCUGGCAGAGGGCUGGCAGUUCAGUGGCGUCUCAGUACGAUAACUUCCCUCCAUCUCUGGAGGAGAAACCACGAGGUUCAGAAGCAGUCCACUUCAGGAGCAAGUCUGAUCCUGGAAACGCCAGCAUUGAAGGUCCUGGAGAGUUGCAAAAUCUAGGUCCAGAGGAAAAAGAUCACGUGAACCACUCGACUGAACCACCUGCGGCUGAAUCUGGAAACGAUGGAGCUUCAAGGUGUCUUGCGACGCUGUGCGAGAUGCCUUCUCUUCCCCAACAACAGCAGCAGCAGCAGCAGUAGC